GAUUUUAAUAUUUCAGAUGAUUCCUCAGAACUUGGUCGUCUCCCGCUUCAAUCUUGCGGCAAAAUUAGUUCAUGGAAUUGUCACUGAUUUGAACUACUUCAAAUUGUUAUCAAUUCGAUUAAUCAUGAGCUUGACAUUUCGGAUGAUUGCCACGCUUAUCUUCUUCUACGCGUGUAAGAAGAAUAAUCCGGUCUUCUGUACAAUCGACGUUAAUCUCUCCGAACUAGAAUAUUUAGCAGGUCAUCUUAAUCCUUCGGAAUGUCGGCGUCUCGUUGCAGCUUUGCAUUACAUGACUUUUGAGCUUCCUGAAAGUAUAGCAGGCGCCGAGCGGAAAUUAGAUGAAAAUAUCCCCUGUCUUCGGCUACUCCUUCAUUGGAACAGUUCCCCGGGGGAAGGUCGUGGUCAAACCCAUGAAGAUAUCGAACAUCGUCUCAGGCAAUUGAAUAGAAAUGACCUUGCUGACUGGCUAGGGAAAACAACUUUCAAAGAACUUGGACGUGACCUUGGUAGAGCACUGAAUCACCCUUUUGGAGAACAGGGGACGCAAGAUACCGACGCACCGUAAAAAUUUUCUUUUUUCUGACAUACUUAUUUUUUGCGUCUACUUCGCGUACGAAUAUCUGAAUGUUUCAAAGCUUUGUAAUUAUGAUAAUCAAAGGAAGUAACGUUUCCGCUCCAAAUAUGACGAACAAUGGUUAUCGGUUAUCACUCGUGAAAUACUUUUUACAUCAGAUCCGCAGCAACCUUAGAACCAGGCGACGAACCUCUAGAGGAAGAUCCUUGGCUUCCCAUUGAUACUCUUCUAUUCGCCACGAUGGCUAUAUUACUCGCUGCUUUGAUAACUGUUUCUCUAGGAUUGAUACUUCAUCGUGUCAGACUUCGAUCUAAUGAGAAUAAUAAUUAUACGUAAGAUCAAAGUGAAUUUGUAUCAGGGGGAUGGCAUACGAUAAGAAAUAAUUGUAUCUUGUAAUUUGAAAGGUUUGUAGAUCACGAAGAAGGGAAUGACGUCAUACUCGGCGUAGAUCGAAAACGGAAAGCGAAGGCGAAGAAAAAGAUCAAGGGGGUAGCAACGCUGAGGAAAAGCAAAGAUAAUUCGGAAAACGUGAAUUUGGUUUCAGAAUCGAAGAAACUAGGCAAUGGUUGCUGUGGCACCGCGUGUGUGUUACUUUAAUUUUACCGUAAUAUCAAUAUGUACAUUUUAUACCGGUGUGGAUAUUAAUUCCAUCAAUAUCAGUGCAUCAUCAUGGGAUUAUUAUAUUGUUCUUCCAUUGAGAUUCCAGCAAUUUUCUAUUUUUCGUUUUGAAUAAAGACUUGAUCGAAGUUUGUCAGCUUUAAAAAACCGUUCCGAAGCGAGUGAAUCUAUAAAGUAAACUGCACGUCCUGCACUAUCAAUCGAUGACCUGCCAACAUUUAAUUAAACCAAGAACGCAAUUAAACCGAGUGCAGCUGGUGAAGAGCCUUCGACCGAGAAUUUUGAGAGUAUUAAUCAAUUAGUUUUAAUUACUGUAUUUCCAGAGUAAAACGAACUACCUGUCGCAGUAGUAUAGGGUGGUUAUCCACGGCUUCCACGGGAUUAUCAUUAUUCCUGCCUACC